AUGUCUUGGGCAGACUCCUCCCCCGGCAUGCAGGCCGGAAGAGUGCCUGUCAAUGGCCAUGACCCGGAAGAAGAAAGUGCCCAAUAUCCGAGGCCCCCCGACAAGAGGAAGAAGGUUGUUGUUGUGGGGUUGGGAAUGGUGGGCAUUGCAUUCAUUGAGAAGCUACUGAAGAUGGAUGCAAAAAGGAGGGAAUACGACGUCGUGGUUAUUGGAGAGGAACCACAUUUGGCGUACAACCGUGUUGGCUUGACUAGCUUCUUCCAGCACAGGAAGGCGGAGAACCUAUAUCUGAACCCUCGAGAAUGGUAUUCUGGUUUGCCAGAAGGCUCCCUCAAUUACCACCUCAAUACCCAGGUAACCGAAAUACACUCCUCAGACAAGGUUGUCUCAACAUCCACCGGCGAAACCGUCCCAUAUGAUAUACUCGUCCUCGCUACCGGCUCCGACGCUCUUCUGCCGCGACACACGCCUGGUCAUGAUGCAAAGGGAGUCUUCGUCUAUCGCACAAUUGAAGACCUAGAAAAGCUCAUCAGCUAUUCAGAAACGUGCAAGGGCGCUACGGGUGCAGUCGUAGGUGGUGGUCUGCUCGGAUUGGAAGCUGCAAAGGCCAUGAUGGAUCUCGAAAGCUUUGGCAAAGUCAAGCUCAUCGAGCGCAACCGAUGGGUUCUUAGUCGGCAAUUGGACAACGAUGCCGGCAGCAUGGUCGUAGACCUUGUGCGAAAGCUAGGCUUAGACGUGCUUCUUAGUAAGCGAGUCGGCAGGAUUGAAGUGGAUGAGGACAACGCCGUCAAAGGGGUGCUAUUUGAAGACGGGGAACACAUGGAGUGCAAGUGUCUCAUGUUCGGUAUCGGUAUCAAGGCUCGAGACGAGCUUGCGAGAAGUGCAGGAAUCAAAUGUGCCGACAGAGGUGGAGGUAUAGUCAUUGAUCCAAGUCUCAUGACGAGCCAGGACGGCGUCUAUGCUAUUGGAGAGUGCGCCAGCUGGGAAAGUCAGACUUUCGGCUUGAUCGCUCCCGGCAUCGAGAUGGCUGAGGUUCUUGCUUUCAACAUGACUCAGGCAAAGGUUCAUGCUACAAGGAAGUUUAAGAGACCGGACCUGAGCACGAAGCUCAAGUUGCUAGGUGUGGAGGUGGCCAGCUUCGGAGAUUUCUUUGCCGACAGAGACGGACCUAAAGACCUACCAAUUAGGAGACAUGGAGCGAAAAGCCAGGAUAAAACCGGGGUCCAAGAACAGGAAGAGCAAGUGAAGAACCUUACUGAUGGGCCACCCCCGCCACCAGUGAAAGCUUUGACUUAUAUGGACCCCUUUCAAGCGGUCUACAAGAAAUUCCUUUUUACAUUGGACGGCAAACAUCUCUUGGGAGGCAUGAUGAUUGGAGAUACCAAAGAUUAUGUCAAAUUGGUACCGAUGGUGAAGAACCAAACGAUGUUGGACGUUCCCCCCAGCCAAUUCAUCUUAGGAGCCGCCAAGGAAGGAGAGGACGAUGCAAACGAUUUGACUGACGACACACAGAUCUGUUCAUGCCAUAAUGUCACGAAAGCAGAUGUAACAAAGGUCGUCAAGGACGGAACAUGCAAAAGUAUUGGAGAUGUAAAGUCGUGUACAAAGGCUGGCACAGGCUGUGGUGGCUGCAUGCCUCUUGUGCAGACGAUCUUUAAUACGGAAAUGAAGGCUCAAGGAUCGGAGGUCUUGAACCAUCUCUGCCCUCAUUUCAAACACUCACGAGCCGAUCUUUUCCAUAUCAUUACCGUCAAAAAGCUGAAACAAUUUCCGGAGGUCAUGAAGGAGUGUGGUACAGAUCCAGAUUCUCUGGGAUGCGAAGCAUGCAAACCAACUAUCGGCUCCAUCCUCGCCUCACUCUACAAUCAGCACGUUAUGGACAAACCGCUGCAUGGUCUCCAGGACACCAACGACCGAUACCUCGGCAAUAUUCAGCGAAAUGGUACCUAUUCCGUGAUUCCUCGAGUAUCAGCCGGAGAGAUCACCCCGGAGAAGCUCAUCAUCAUCGGCACCGUUGCCAAGAAGUACGGACUCUACUGCAAAAUCACUGGCGGCCAACGCAUCGAUAUGUUCGGUGCUAAGAAAGAAGACUUGAUCGAUAUCUGGACCGAACUCGUCAACGGCGGCAUGGAAUCCGGUCACGCUUACGCCAAGUCCCUACGAACUGUCAAGUCGUGUGUUGGAACUACGUGGUGCCGCUUUGGCAUUGGCGACAGUGUAGGCAUGGCCGUCCGCCUUGAAGAACGCUACAAGUCCAUACGCUCGCCCCACAAAAUGAAAGGCGGCGUCUCUGGUUGUGUACGUGAGUGCGCUGAAGCCCAAAACAAAGACUUUGGGCUCAUCGCCACGGAAAAAGGCUUCAAUGUCUUCGUCGGCGGUAACGGUGGAGCAAAGCCACGCCACAGCGAGCUCCUCGCCAAAGACGUACCACCAGAUGAUGUCGUCCCCAUACUCGAUCGUUACCUGAUGUUUUACAUGCGCACAGCAGACAAGCUCCAACGUACAGCCCGCUGGAUUGAGCAACUACCAGGUGGCAUCAAGUACCUCCGUGAAGUCAUUCUCCAAGACAAACUCGGCAUAGCAGCCGAGCUCGAAAUGCAAAUGAAUCAGCUCGUGGGCACCUUCUUCGACGAAUGGGCCGCUGCCAUUAAAGAUCCCGCUCGCCGAUCAAACUUCCAACAAUUCGCCAACACAGACGAUACCCUUUCCGUUGUUGACAAAGUCGACGAGCGUGGCCAACAACGCCCCGCUUACUGGCCCAAAGAGAGCACAACUGAGGAUUUCCGUGGCACGCAAUGGAGUGACCUCGCGUGGCAGCCUAUAGUGGAAAGCAAACACUUCGUCGAUACUCCGACCGGCAGCAGCAAGAACGUCAAGCGUGGAGACACGCAACUCGCCGUCUUCAAGAUCAAAGGAAAGUGGUACGCCACGCAGCAGAUGUGCCCGCACAAACGCACUUUUGCUCUCAGCGAAGGUUUGAUAGGCGACGACACGAAAGCGGAUAAGCUCUGGGUCUCCUGCCCUUUCCACAAGAGAAACUUCGCCCUCAACGGCUCCGAUGCGGGUAAGUGCUCCAAUGACGCCGAAGUCAAUAUCGCUACUUUCCCUGUUGAAGAAAGAGACGAUGGCUGGGUCUAUAUCAAAUUACCUCCCGUUGAUGAGUUGGACGCGAGACUGGGGACCAGCAAAUGGAAGGUCAGGAAGGGCGAAGGGAGUGAACCGUUUGGGAAGCUGGAUGAGAAGCUGAAGGGCAUGAAGGGACGGAAGCCAUUGCAGGAUAGUCAUUUUAAGGAUGGAGCGGGCGAGGUGAAGGCUGCGAGGGAGAUUACGGCUGGAGGAAAUGGGGGAAUUGAUUGGUAA